AUGACCCGCUAUUUCUUCUUGACGAUCUUGUUGUUGUGCUUCUUAAGGGUGAUGGUCCCGGAGCCCUCCUGGGACGAGUGUAGGAGUCAGUCCCAGACCUUGUGGGCCUCCUUGAGGCAGAUCAUCACCGACCUGUCCCUAGACCCGGACUUCGCCUCCUCCGUGGGGACGUCGAGCAGAGCGAUGAGGUCGGCCAUGCUCGUGAUGUUCAUGGGCGUGACGGGUGACGCGGCGAGGGACACCCUCUCCCGGACCGCCUUCGCCUUGAUCACCGCCGCCACCCUCACGAUGGUCUCCAUGCUGAACAAGUUGGCGGUCCGCAUCCGGGACGGUACCUUCGUGCCGCAGCACAUCACGGA